AUGUCUCCAAUCGCGCGGCUCGCCAUCCGCACUGCGGGGCGCGCCCCGCCCCACCGCGCUUUCGGAAUCGCGUCCGUCAAUCUGAUGAACCCCACCAUGCCGAGCCGUUUCCGGGCCGUGUCCGCGUUCCACACGUUUCCGGCGCUUCUCCAGCAGAACGGUAACGGUAACGGAAAUGGCGGCAAGAAGAACAUUGCUCCCGGUGCUUUCGCCCGGACUGACGACUCUAUCACUGUCGAGUACCCACCGGAGGAGCAGUUGCCUUCUUCUGAGCCGGUCGAGGGCACUGACCGUGCCGGCGCGCACAUUUUCCCUACCCUCGCGACUUUCUCGCUGCAGGGCAAGGUCGGCGUUGUGACGGGCGGUGCCCGUGGUUUGGGCUUGGUCAUGGGCCAGGGAAUGGUUAUUAGCGGCGCCGAUUUGGCGAUUGUCGACCUCAACAAGGAGGAGGCUGCCAAGCAGGCUCAGAACAUUGUCGACACCUUCCGCAAGGACCACCCCGACAAGAAGCCUCCCCGUGUGACCGCUCAUUACGCCGAUGUCUCGGACCCGGAUAGUGUCGAGUCUUGCAUCGCCGAAAUCAUUGCGGAGCACGGCAAGAUCGACAACCUCGUGACUUCCGCCGGUUUCACGGAGAACUUCGAGGCUGUCGCUUAUCCUAUCGACCGCAUGCGCAAGCUGUGGGGUGUCAACGUCGACGGCACCUACUUGUUCGCCACCACCAUCGCUAGACAUCUGAUGGAGCGUAAGGCCAAGGGCAGCAUGGUGUUUGUCGGCAGCAUGAGCGGUGCUAUCGUCAACGUUCCCCAGCCGCAGGCUCCCUACAACGCGGCCAAGGCCGCCGUGCGCCACCUGUGCGCCUCUCUCAGCGUCGAGUGGGCUGGCGCUGGUAUUCGAGUGAACUGUGUUUCCCCGGGCUACAUGCUCACCGCUCUGACUCAGAAGAUCCUAGACGACAAGCCGGAUCUCAAGCGCCAGUGGACCUCGCUCAUUCCGCAGGGUCGCAUGGGCGCUCCGGAGGACCUCAUGGGUCCCGUCACGUUCCUGCUGUCUGAUGCCAGCAGCUAUGUUACCGGCGCCGACCUCCGUGUUGACGGCGGCUACACCGUCACAUAA